GUUUUGUAUUUGGUUUCCCGUCACUUUGUAGCAACAAACAUGGACAGCAGUCUUGUGCUGUUGGGUCUGCUGAUCCUUCUCGUGCUUGUGUCCCUUGGUCUAGACUCGUAUCGAUGCACCCUCUUGUCCAAGAGCGGCCUGGCGUUGCUGGUUGGCGGUAUCGCGGGGGUCGUUCUCGCGGCACUGCACACCGACGCGACUGCGCCGUUUCAGCUGCACCACUCCAUCUUCUUCGACGUGUUGCUGCCGCCCAUCAUCUACGAAGCGGGGUUUUCCGUCGAGCGGACGACGUUCUUCCGCAACUUUGGCGCCGUGUUGGCCACGGCCAUCUGGGGAACGCUCAUCUCCGCCUGCGCCACCGGACUCACGCUAUACUUUGCCAGUUCCUGUGGGUGGAUUCCAUCCAUCGACUGGGUCGAAGCGUUCCUGUUUGGCGCGCUCCUGAGCGCUGUCGACCCCGUGGCGACCCUCGCCGUGUUUCAAAAGCUGAACGUGCCGCCCGUGCUGUUCAACGUCGUGUUCGGUGAAAGCGUGCUCAACGACGCCGUGGCCAUCGCGUUGUACAAGGCGCUGUCUCUAACGACCUCUGGCAUGACAUUCCCGGUGCUCGCCCUCGUGGUAUGCCAGACAUUCGGCAUCCUCGUAGGGUCCAUCUGUGUCUCGAUGCUCGUCACGCUGUUGGGGUCCGCCAUCUUUGUGCACAUUCCAGCGCUGCGAGCGUACCCAGCCUACGAGAUCCUCCUCUGCGUGUGCGUGAGCUGGACAACGUACUUUGCAGCCGAGUGCUGCGCGUUCUCGGGCAUCGUAGCGCUGUUCUUUAGUGGCAUUCUGACCAGUCACUACCACUACCACGUCAUGUCGCCCGUGUCGCAGCUGGUGGUGCACCAUACCCUCGAAACCGCAUCGUUUGUAUCCGAAACGCUCGUGUAUGUGUUUGUGGGAGUGGCCACCGCCCUCGUGUUGUGCAGCAACACUGUGACAUCGUUGCCCUUGUCCAAUCACCAUCAUCCAAGUGACAGCGAAGGAGGCGGGAUCAGCUGGUCGUUUCUUGGGUGGACGACGCUGAGCUUGUUCGUUGGUCGGGCGUUGAAUGUGUUUCCGCUGCUGUCCGUGACCAACUACUUGCGGUGCAACCAAGACACGUUGACAGUGCCCAUGAUGGUCGUGAUGUGGCUCACGGGGCUCCGAGGGGCGGUUGCCGUCGCGCUGGUGACCGACUGGUCGUACGUCCAACAUCAAGAUGACGUGAUCAUCGACCACAAGCAACUCAUGGUGACGACGACGUUGUUCCUCGUGAUUGGCACCACGUGGGUCGUGGGUGGCCUCACCGGUCCACUUUUAAACGUGUGCGGUUUAUUGGAGCAUUCUCGGUCAAUCGAUAACGUCAUCGUUCCAACGGCAUCGGACGACGACCCACUGGACAUACCGUCAUCAUCACCAUCAGCAACGCCUUCAAGACCCGAGCCAGAUCAGAACGUCACGCCGGUAGGUCGUCGCAUGAGUUCGUUGGACGAAUCGACGACCGAUGGUACGCGAACUUGCGCCACCAUCCGUGUUGCUACGUACCAAAUGUGGCACGCCUUCGACGACACGUACAUGAAGCCUCUGUUUGGCGGGCGUUGCAAGCCAAUGCGAAACCACCGCGACGAUGACGACGACGAAGACAAGGGGGUUGUGAUGCAUCCGGCAGGUGCAAUACUGUCGGCAACAAUUUCAAGGAAGAAAAGCAAACUGGACACGACAUCAAGUGACGCGGCAACGCGGCCCCUUGUUGUGGACAGCGAUGGCCUAUCGUCGUCUUCUUCGUAAAGCACACUAUUGGGCUCGUGUUCAAAGUACUCGUAGUAGUAGUUCAUAACGUUGUAACUGUGUGUAACUGUCAACUAGUAUAACCAAUUGACGCUGGAAAUAGCGCCACUUGUCG